GGGGGCGGAGCAGCACAAGCGCCCUGCGAGAUUUAGGAUCUAGAGCAUAAACAAGAGACGGGACAGGUGCGGCGACAGGGUAGGAGCCGUAGCAACAACCACAGCAGCUGGAGGACCCGCGACUGAGGAGACAGCUGCGGCGGAGAGCGGGAUCGGGAGCCGACCCGGACUUCCUGUCUCUCCCGGCCCGGGAGGUAGAGUGCCCGAGCCCAGCCCCCACCUCUCAGCCAUGAACCUGGCAAGUCAGAGCGGGGAGGCCGGCUCUAGCCAGCUGCUAUUCGCCGGCUUCAACCAGGACAGCACGUCCUUAGCUGUUGGUAGUAAAUCUGGUUACAAAUUCUUCUCCCUUUUUUCUGUGGAUAAGCUGGAACAGAUUUAUGAAUGCACUGAUACGGAAGAUGUAUGUAUUGUGGAGAGAUUGUUUUCAAGUAGUCUGGUCGUCAUUGUUAGCCUUAAAGCUCCACGAAAGCUAAAAGUCUGUCACUUUAAGAAGGGGACUGAAAUAUGCAAUUAUAGCUAUCCCAAUACCAUAUUGGCAGUCAGAUUGAAUAGGCAGAGGUUGAUAGUAUGCCUAGAAGAAUGUCUGUACAUACACAAUAUUCGUGAUAUGAAGGUACUGCAUACAAUCAGGGAAACUCCCCCUAACCCUGCAGGUUUGUGUGCACUGUCCAUAAGCAAUGACAAUUGUUAUCUGGCUUAUCCUGGGAGUGCAACUAUUGGGGAAGUACAAGUCUUUGACACUAUUAAUUUGAAGGCUGCUAAUAUGAUACCAGCUCAUGAUAGUCCCUUAGCAGCCUUGGCUUUUGAUGCAAGUGGUACGAAACUUGCCACUGCUUCUGAGAAGGGAACUGUGAUUAGGGUUUUUUCCAUCCCAGAAGGACAGAAAAUCUUUGAGUUCCGGAGAGGAGUAAAGAGGUGUGUAAGCAUCUGCUCUUUGGCCUUCAGUAUGGAUGGAAUGUUCCUCUCUGCAUCCAGUAACACUGAAACAGUACACAUCUUCAAACUUGAGACUGUGAAAGAGAAACCUCAGGAGGAACCUACUACUUGGACUGGUUACUUUGGAAAAGUGCUUAUGGCCCCUACCUCUCAAGUAACAGAAAUGUUUAACCAGGGUAGAGCAUUUGCUACUGUCCGACUACCAUUCUGCGGUCACAAAAAUAUCUGUUCACUUGCCACAAUUCAGAAGAUUCCCCGAUUACUAGUGGGAGCCUCAGAUGGAUACUUAUAUAUGUACAACCUGGAUCUUCAGGAAGGAGGGGAGUGCACUCUGAUGAAACAACACAAGUUGGAUGGAAGUAUGGAGCUGGACAAUGAAAUCUCAGAAUCUGCAUCUUAUGACCGUCCAUUAGUAGCUCAGACCUACAGGGCUGCUGUGACAAGAGGUGCUUAUGUACCUUCCUCACCUACCAGACAUGCAUACAUAGAGGACCUGGGUGCAGUGGGUGGUGCUUGUCUGGAAGAUGAAAUCAGUGCACUAGUAUUGGAUGAAGACAGUGAGCAUCCUCCCAUGAUUCUUCGGACUGACUGAACUUUAACCUGUGAACUCUAACCUUUUUUUUUUCCGGGGCAAUGAGGGUUAAGUGACUUGCCCAGGGUGACACAGCUGGUAAGCGUCAAGUGUCUGAGGCCGGAUUUGAACUCAGGUACUCCUGAAUACAAGGUCGUUGCUUUAUCCACUGCACCACCUAAGCUGCCCCUGAACUCUAACCUCUUGAAGCAGAGGACACUGGUUUGAUACUUCUUCAAGGACUCUGUGUUAAGCUGCUGUGAACUUUGACAUGAUUUGGGGAGACAGGAUGGCAAAGACAUUAAGUUGUAGCCUUAGGCUAAUUCUAUACUACUGAGAAAAAUAUAUAGGUUUCAACUCUGUCUUUUAAUCUUCUUUAUUUUAGCUUUCUUGGUGGUGUUUUUUUUCCAAUUUAUUUGCCAAAAUUAGCUGUUUGGUGAACCCAUAGAACCUCCUUGCUUUGAAUGCAUUCAUGUGCUAAGCUAGCAUAGGAGAAAGAGAAGUCACUGUAUAACAAAAUUUGUAUUUCUUUUUAUGCAUGUAUAUAAUAGUAAGUAUAUAUAAAAGUGUGAAGACAUGAUUCUUAAUGCUGAGGUUAGUUCUGCACUGACAAAAGUCCAGAAAGUUUCUUAUGCAUCGGCUUGUCAGUGUGCUCUGGUGACUGAUGUGUGACCUUUUUUUUUUCUUUUUCUUUUUUUUUUUUCCAGGGCAAUGGGGGUUAAGUGACUUGCCCAGGGUCACACAGCUAGUGGCAAGUGUCUGAGGCCGGAUUUGAACUCAGGUACUCCUGAAUCCAGGGCCGGUGCUUUAUCCACUGUGCCACCUAGCCUCCCCUGAUGUAUGAUCUUUUAACACUCUCUCUCUUCAGUUCCCCAC